UAUAUUUUUUUCUUUUUCAUUCUUCAAACCAAUCAAAUUAGUACGCGCGCUUUUCGUCCAGAGAAAAAAGUUUGAGAUGCUGAGGAGAUGUUUCAGAACAAAAAGAUACGAAUAUUUGUAAGAAAUAAAGCAAGGUACAAUCCAGCAUCUAAGGAAUACGGAUUUCUUCACGUUGAUGUGGCUAAUUAUGCAGGGACGACCAUAGGAAACAUCAAGGAGAAUGUCAAAAAACAGUGCAGAAACAGUUUGAAAUUGGAUGACCUGUUUCUUAAUAAUGAGAAGUUGUCUGAUGAAAGGUCUGUAGCCCAUUAUAACUUAGAAGAUGGGACCAUAUUAGAGUCAGCAUCUAACCCUUUCUGGGUCACCUGUCUGUUUAUAAAGCAGUAUGAAGUGGAACAGACAAAACUUAACAACCCUAAUGAUAAAGCCAUUCAGGCCUGGACCACAAAGUCUGCUAACAGGAAGAAAACCCUACUGUCUGUGUUGCUCAACUCUAAAAAUGAGUUUCAAGGUCAACCACCACAUUUUCCAACCUUAGAUGAUUUUGUUAUCUUCUUGGAAAGGCUGAACAAGAAAGGAGCUAGGAUGAACCCCUUAUUCACACAGAGAGACUUACAAGAUAUGCAUGAUGACUUUGUCAGUAAUUUUAUUGACCAAUCAAAUGAUCCAUUAGGGACAUUUAUCCAACAACAUGCUGUCAGGUUGGGUCUUAAGCAGCAAGGGUUGGCAGGUCCGUUAGAUAACAGAGUACAGAACGCAGCAAGAAAUAAUUCUAAACCUGUUGGAAAUUUGAAUAGAAAUAUGAAUAAUCCAGGACUUGACAGAAAUACAAAUAAUCCACGACCUGCCCGAGUUGUUAAUAAUCCUAUUGACAAUCCUGGUCAGAAACCAGCAAACAAUAAUCGUGGUGGUAGAAGGAAAAAGGAAAGACUUUGUGAUGACUGUGAAGACCUAGCUGCUGAAGUAUACUGUCCAGAAUGUCAGAAUGCUACUGGUGGUCAGGGCCUGUCCUUGUGUCAGAAUUGUUCUAAUACAAUUCACAGGGGUGCUACUAGGAGAAGCCAUCAGUUACAAGACAUUGAUGUUGCACCCAAGGUGACCAAACCAUAUGUACCUCAUGCAUUCAAAGCUCCAUUUUCCAUCCUGUUAGCAUUGUACAGUGGUAUGACUGAGACACCACGUGUGUUGAGUAUGACGGAGGAUGAGAUUAAGAACAGGGGCCAGCCAUUAACUGAUACAGAUCUUAGUGAUAAACAGAAUGGCAGAUAUGUUGGAGGAUUUGAAUGUAUAGAGAACAGUCUGAUAGCAAAACAUUUUGUUCAAAGAGAAGAUUCAGCUUAUCCAACAUAUGCUUUAACAGAAUCAGGACACCAGUUAGCGACCAAGUUAUUUAGAUAUCAACAGUCUGUACAGAGAUUCCUCAGGUCACAUGACUUUCCAACAGUGCCACAUGACGUCAGUACCAUUUGUGGCACCAGAAAAGUGUGUUUGAUAAUUGAUGAGCAGGAGAGAGACAAAAACAGAUUUCUACAGCUAGCUGACCAAUGGGGAAUAGAUGCUCAAGUGAGGUCCCUACCUGCUGGGGACUACAUAUGGAUACUGACUCCUCCUUUACCAGGACCAGAUGUCAAAUAUGAUCAAAGACAACCUUCAUUAGAAAAGGUUCUGCCAUUCAUUGUUGAAAGAAAAGGAUGGGAAGAUUUAGAUGAUAGUGUUAGAACUAAAAGAUUUCAUAAACAAGUUCUGAGAAUGUUGGGUUGUGGUUUACCAAAUUGUUUUUAUCUGAUGGAGGGAAGUAUAUCAUCACUGAGGUACAGAACAGACCAACAACAACAAAAACUGAAGGAUGAGCUAGAGAAUAUUUUUCUGCACAAUGGAUUUUACAUCAACUACACAGCGUCCUGGUUUAAGUCAGCGACGUGGCUUAAAUGGUUUACAGUACUGUUAUCUGCUGCAGUCAAUAAAGGAUUGUUUAGAGAUCAUUGCCUGAUGUAUAACGAGUUUGUAAGAAGAGCUAAUGUACAACCUAAAUCAACAGUUAUACCACAGACUGACUUCAGACAGACUACAAAUACAGUGUGGUUGGAUCAACAAUUUAUUGACAACAUAUUCAGAGAAAGCAGGGGAUUACAAACUACAGUAGAAAGUGUGAAAGAAGAACUUCACAAACCGACAAAUAAACAACUACUAAUACUGCAGGGGUUAGAGGCAUAUAACAAGAGAAGACAGACUUUGCAGAAUAAAUGUUUGGUAGAUACCCAUGAUAAUCUGGAAAAUACAGAAGACUUGGUCCAAGAUAGAUUUACCACUAAUGCAUACAACAUGGUUCAUUAUGAUAUAAUGUGCUACAGACAGCUACAGAUACAGGUGUUUGCACAUGUUUACAUAGUUAGAACAGAAAAUAACCAAGAUACAAAGAAAAUCAGGGACCAAAUGAACAAUAAUAAUGGUGAGAGUACCAGUAGAAGAGCAGAUGACACUGACAAUCAGCCUGCUGAUGUUGAUACAGAAGAAUUCAUGAUGCAACAGGCAUUAGCUAAAAGCAGACAAGAAGAGACUGACCUUCCUACUUGUACAAGUGGUUUAUUAAAAAAAAAUCCUAAGAAAGGUAUUCCUAGUGCAACACCUUCAAGAAAAAGAUCACCUAAGACAUCAAAGAACCCUAAGCUUGUAAAUACAGGAAGUAGUGUAAGAGGAGAGGCAGAGAGGGUAGACAGUGAAGAUGAAGAUUUAAAAAGAGCUCUAGAGCUUAGUAGGCAGUGUGCAUAUGAUCUUGAACUCAAUCAGCCUAGAUGUUCUAGAUCCGAUGAAAAAACAAAACCAUGUUUUACAAUAACUACAGGUAACGUACCCCACUCUGACACAGCCAUACCAACAAAUGUAGGUAUGUCUGACAGUCAAGAUGAAGAACUGCAGAAAAUUCUAGAAAUGAGUAAAAAGGAAAUAAAGAAAAACCUGCCUGUUUUCUCUAGUGACAGUCAAGAUAAAGAACUUCAAAGGGUGUUAGAAUUAAGUACGCUUGACCAAUCACCUAUCAGGCAUGGGAAACUUGUGCCGAAAUGUAACCAAGGUAUCAAAAGAACUUUUGUGACAAAUGAUUGUGAAGACAAGGAACUGCAGAAGGUUAUAAAGUUAAGCAGUCUUGAACAGUCAUUUGUUGACAAUCCUGAACAGUUGUGUGUUGAUAAUCUUGAACAGUCGUGUGUUGAUAAUCUUGAAGAGUUGUGUGUUAAUAAUUUUGAAGAGUCAUAUGUUGAUAAUUCUGUAGACCAAUAUGGGUUUGAUACUAAGUACAAUGUUGAUAAAACAGUCAGGAAUGAAACUUUUGAAGGAAAAGUUAAUCAACAUGUGUUAGAUGGUGCAGAGGAAAUGAGAUUGGCCUUAACACAGAGUUAUCCUAGUAAUCAAUGUAAUAGGAUAGGAACAAAUGUGGAGACUUUGUCAGAGGAAGAACAAAUACGAUUAGCAAUUGAACAAAGCAAAAUGGAAAUAUCUGUGCAUAACACCAAUAGUAUAGAGAGUAAGAAAACUGAAAUACCUGUGCUUUACCCAAAUAGUGAGGAGAGUAUUAAAACAAAGCAGACUCAUUUAGGAUCUGAUGAUGUAUCUGAUAACAAGAUAAAAGAAGAUGUGAUUUUAAUAGAUUCACAAGGUACAGACUAUAGUGAUAGUUGUGUAGAGAUAUUGGAUGGUGAUAGUCCGCUGGAAUCGUACUGUGAUGAUGGGAUGCCAAUAUAUCAGUCACCAAGUGACGAACAAUUUGAAGAUAUGUCACAAGAACAUCAAAGGAAAGCUUGUGAAGUUGAAAGUAUUUCUAAUAAAGAAGAUGAAAAUGUUAAUCAUCAAGGUACAUUUCAGAUCGAAAACAGUUUUCAGCUAACAAAAACCAUUGUCAGCAAUGAAAAAACAGGGGAGACAAUCUUACAGGAAGCAAAGGAGACAAUAUUACAGGAAUCAAGGGAGACAAUCUUACAGGAAUCAAGGGAGACAAUCUUACAGGAAUAUAAAAAUGAUAAUGGGUAUGAUUGUGAAUUGAAAGGACUUGACAAUGUUCAGGUUAAUAACUUACAGCAUGGUAAAGUUCUUGUUGAAGAUACUCAGGAAGACUCUGAUAAUGAAGACUUGUUUCCUAGCAUAAAUGUACCUGAAUCUACAGGAUUGAAUGACAUCUGCACCGAUGAGGAUGAUAUUGAUGUUAUACCGCCCUCUCCUGAUAAAGAAUCUCCGAUGACAUCAAAAAGACUUUCCGCAGGAAUAACACCAAAACAGAGUUUGAAAAUGAUAACCAGAAAUAUAAAAUAUGGAGACAGUCAGCAAAAAGAUAUUUGUCAUGAUCGUAACCUUGAGACUAGUCAUGAUAGUGAUCUUGAGACUAGUCAUGCUAGUGACCUUGAGACUAGUCAUGCUAGUGACCUUGAGACUAGUCAUGCUAGUGACCUUGAAACAUGUCAUGCUUGUGACCUUCAAACUGCUACACUUGGAGAACAAACACAACAGAGUCAGUCUGUGAGCUUGCUUUUAGGCUUUGUUGAUGACAUUGAAACAGAACACUCAAAUGAGGGUGAGGGUUGUGAAUCACAAUAUACAAUUCAAAGUGGUUGUAAGUUAGAAAAUGAAAUUCAAAAUGGGGAUUAUCUCAGUGGAAAUGUUAUCGCCAGCCAGUUCAAGAUUGAAAAUUAUGAUAAAAUUGUUAAUAUCAAAAAAGAGACAGACAAUUAUUCUUUCGAAAUAUGUAAAACAAAAGUGAAAAUAGAAAAAGAACCUUGCAAUCAUAAUGUAGAUUUUUUCCAUGGUGAUAAAAGUUCUCUUGGUGCCAGAAUAAAAUCAGAGAAAAUAUUGAAUGAAUAUCCAAGUAUGGACAGUGGUGAAAGUAAAUCUGCAGCCAUUGUUUCACACAUUGAUGAUGAAGAGUUUGCAAGAAAGAUACAAGAACAAAUUAACAGAGAACUAGAACAAGAAGAAUAUUUGAAACAUGAUUUAAAAAGGCGUCAGACUUCAAUGGGUCAGAGAAUAGAAAAGAGGGUUAAUAAGUGGGACAAUAAAAAUCCGGAAUCAGUUUGCUUGCCAAACCAGAUUGAGAAUGAAAUAUUAAAUUUUGAAACACAGUCAGACAGUACUGAAUCAUUUGAACAAACGGAUGAAGAAAUGGCACGACAACUUCAGGAAAGACUAGACAAGGGAUAUUACUCUCCAGAUCAGGAGGAAAUUACAGAGAAAAGAAACUUAAGAAAAAGAAAACACAGCAUGAUAAGUGCUUCUAGUAAUGAAACACAUGAACCAUCAGAAACAUUAAUCUCACUUCAAGAAGUCAUAAGUCAGCAUGAUGUAGAAGAAAAUAUCCGUAUAAAGUUGAGAAGAGAGCAGGAAGACCUUGAACUUGCUCAAACUUUACUAGAGCAAGAUCAGGAUCAGAUUGGAACUUUUACCGAUCAAGAAAGUCAAGAAAAGAGAGACUUGGAGCUUGCUCAGAAAAUAAACAAUAAUGACAGGGUCAGCAGUGAUGAUAAUGAUCAGUGGAGAAUUCAGCAGGAGAAAGCUGAUGAGGAACUGGCUCGUAAACUAGCAGAUGAUGAUAAGAAAGAAACAGCUACUAACUCAGUAAGCAGCCAACCGCUAUUUUCCCAGCAUGAAGAAGACAAUUAUCCAAUGCUAAAUACACAGGCUGCUGUUGAACAAAUUUGGGAUAGAAGGUUAAAGGCUAUUCAAAGGUCAAAGACAGAUCUUCAGACACAGUUGCAGGAAGUAAGACAAAGUCAAAAUGUCAAGUACAGAGGUCAUUCAGGGUCAAACUUCACCAGUCCAAGAAAGCAGUCUUUUCCAGAAACAUCAUAUGCCAAAACACCUGUCAGAGCAAGUACAUCAAGCAAUUCAUCCUUUGUAAAAGCAAAUACGUCUUCAGGAAUAACUUUAGCCACAAGGACAUUUGACAAUUCAACCAAGAAAUCUCCCAAAACCUGUAGUUCAUCAUGGCAGCCUGUUUCAGUUGAUGGAGAUUCUCUGCCAAGCUUGAGUGAAAACGAUGCCAUUACUAUAUCACCACCACACAGUCCUGUAGAGAAGAAGAAGCCAUUUUCCUUCACAUCAGCCUCUUCUGCUGCAGGAAAUCCACACAGCAGUCAGCCUAUAGCAGGAACAUCAUAUAUCAACCAGAACACAUCCUUACCAUUUAAACAUACAGCUUUUGAUUCUAGUCAGAGUAUUUCAUCAUCAAUAUCUUCUAGUCAGAUCAGUGGCAACAUGGCAAAUGUUACGUGUGGAAACUGUCAUCAAAAAGGGCACAACAGGAAGUGGCCACAAUGUCCAAACUAUCACUCGUAUGAAGAGACUCAACGCAGACAGAAACAAGAAGAUGAUAAAAAGAAGAGAAUUGAAGAUGAGCAGCAUAGAGAACAACAGACCAGAGAUGAACUGGAGAGACAUAAGACGACAUUGACAUUAAUAGCAGCUCAAAUUGAACAAGAGAAAGAUGGAUUAGAUCGAACAAUUAAGAAAAUGACAAAGAAAGGAAAGAAAAGAAAGUAAAAUAUUGUUUGGUCAAUGACUUUUAUGUGCCAAAAUGUUUUAGAAUUUUAGUAUUAAAAACUUUGUUAUGUAUGAAAUGGAUAUAAAUAUUAAAAUACAGUGGAAAAGACCACAUUGGGAUUUGUGUCUGAACUUUAUUUUUGUGUCGAUUCACUUAUUCACAGAUGAUCUUGUGCAUUAUUUUCCCAGUUCUAUAUGGUGAAAAAUAUAGAUUCUAUCACUGCAAUAUGUGUGUUAUGAAAUUUCUCUUCACUAGACAGUUAAAUUCUAAUAUUGAAAGAGCAAAGUUUGCCAAGAUUUUUAAAUAAUUAAAGUUUAACUGUUGAGAUUGGAGACUUAUCGUAAUAUCUUAGUGAUAGGGGUGGAAACUGUUUCUCUAAUGAUUUUGAUCCUUCCCUUUCAAAAAUUUGUAGAAAGUUUUGUUCUUUAUAUGUGACAUCAUCAAACAUGGUAGCCUCUUUUCAUGACAUCACACGAUGGAAAUUCAGUAGAAACCCAAGAAUAUUUCACUAGUGAGGAGAUAUAUUUAUCUCACAGCGAUCAAGAAAUGUGAAAAUAGCACAAAAAUUAGAGAAAGUCAUACAUUAUUUAGAUAUUCAAGAGAUACCUUCAACAAGUUUACUACCCACCCAAGAAAACUGUCUUACCAGACCUUUGUGUCAAAGAAUAAAAAGUUUAAUAAUAUGAACUGUUCCAAUUUUUCUACACCAGAUGUGCAUCUUAAUCAAUGUCUCUCUAGUGAUGUCGAGGCCAAAAUAUUUGAUAAUCGAAAGCUUAUUAAGAAGAUGAAGAGCUUUAAACCAUAAAGGACAAGGUGGUAUACUCAUUCUGUUUGAAAUAUUUUACAUUCUUGGCAGGGUUUCACUAAG